GCUCGGCAAGACCGUCGUGGUGCGCUUGGCAAUGGUGCUGCAGUCGGUCUACAAAGAGAGGGUCAUGAUCCUCGUCGCCAACUCGGAGGAUUACUCCCAGGCGAGGAACAGACUGCCUUGGAGCCGGCGGUGCAAAUAUGACAGGUACAGGUACUACGAGCCAAAAUUCACUGCGCCGGAAGCAGACGUUUUCUGCGUGAUCUCUCAUCAAAUCAGAGACAUGAUGGAGCUGGAAGAAGAGAAGGCGCGCUUCAUGUUGAAGCUAGAAUGGCACAAAUGUGACCUGGCUGCCCAGUGGGAAGAGUUCCAGAAGUUAGACCUCGAUCUUGCAGCUUUACUCAAGUGUGGCGGGAAAGAGAUCGAUGCCCACAAGAUUCGAAGAGCCUGCUCUGAGCUGAUACGAGAAUUGCCGAUUGGUAACCUGAAGUCAGUUGAGAAGUCGGGGUGGGAGCCGCCUCCGCAUGAAGAUUUGAAGAGGAUCAGCGCAUCCAUGCUCGAAAUCACGAACCUUUGCCGCUCCGAAUGCGUCGUUGCCCUGGUGAAAGCUACCGAGGCUAUAUGGGCCAAACAGGACUUGGGAGAGGUAGCAAGCAUCCUACCUGAGGUUCGGACCGUUGCACAUCAGAUGUACGAAAAAGGUGUGUCGUUGGCCGGGCUGAUACAAGAUGCCAGAAGCGCUCAGCUGGUUGCAGACAUCGCAAAUGCAGGUUGACGAACUCUCAUGGCCGAGUGAUUCAAGCGCAUCGUAACGAAAGGAUCUUUGCUUGCAUCAGCCUAAGCAUGACAUAAAAAACUUGGUAGGUUUCUAGUCUUCAAGCUUCUGUAUUCUACGAUCUAACCCGUGUUUUGUCCUGCGCACAAUAACGGCCUUGAACGCUCCUCCUAGAUACCAAGGACCUUUCUCCAAACUUGUCCCUUCUUGCUUCUUGAAGUUGUCAAGACUCAUUGUGCUCCCAACGAUCACAAAGUCCACACUCAUUCCAGUAGCCAGAACGUUAUCAACCCCAGCCCUUCCAACUGUAUGCAGCAUAUAUGAAACAUCCAUCCGGGAUGUAUCCGUAAUAGGCAAUUUUCUAUCUAGAAGUGUUUCUGACUCCUAUAAUCUGAGUGUAAAAUGCUCAACUGUCCUGUUCAUGUGUGUGGCGCUUAUGAGUUUUG